UCUGGAAAACUCAGAUGCGCCUCAGCGGGCGGUUUCGCGUAGCAUCCUCCUCCAUCCUCCACCUUCUCCUCGUCUUUGAGUACCUGCAUGUCAGGAUGGCAACUUCAAAUCUGGAGAACCAGUUGCACAGUGCCCAGAAGAACCUACUGUUUCUCCAGCGAGAACAUGCGAACACACUAAAAGGUCUGCAUGCUGAGAUUCGUCGCCUGCAGCAGCACUGCACAGAUUUAACAUAUGAGUUGACUGUAAAGAGUUCAGACUUGACAGGAAAUGGUAGUUCAAGAAGCGAUGAGCUUAAAAGGAAGUGUGAAGAACUUGAAGCUCAGCUGAAAGUCAAAGAGGCUGAAAAUAAUGAGUUAUUGAAAGAACUUGAACAAAAAAAUGCAAUGAUAAUGGUGCUGGAAAACACUAUUAAAGAAAGAGAAAAGAAGUAUUUAGAAGAGUUAAAAAUGAAAAGCCAUAAGCUAAAUAUGCUGUCGAGUGAACUAGAGCAGAGAGCAAGUACCAUUGCUUAUUUAACUUCUCAACUACAUGCUACCAAGAAGAAGCUGAUGAGUUCAAGUGGGACUUCAGAGGGGACCCCUUCUGGCAGUCCAGUGUUGUCCAACUACAAACCAGCCCCUCCCAAAGAUAAACUGCCUGAGACUCCACGGCGCAGAAUGAAGAAGAGCCUGUCAACACCGCUCAACCCCGAGUUUGAAGAGGCCUACAGAAUAGGCUCAGAUAGCCGGAAGCUGCUCUUAAGAGAGCCUGUGGAUGCCAUGCCUGAUCCCACUCCAUUUUUAUUGGCCAGGGAAACUGCAGAAGUACAUCUUAUUAAAGAGAGGCCAUUAGUUAUUCCACCUAUUGCUUCAGACCGUGCAGCUGGUGAAUCGCACAGUCCAGCCCGAGAGAAGCCACACAAGGCCCACAUUGGGGUGGCACAUCGCAUUCACCACGUCGCACCGUCCCAGCCUCAGCCAGAGGUGGAAACACUGGCCGUGGAUCAGGUCAAUGCAAGCAAAGUGGUCAGAAAGCACUCAGGGACAGACAGAACUGUUUGAGUAAAAUCAUUGAUGAAAUGCUCUAUUCUGUUGCUGUUUAUGCACUGUGAUCCUAUAGGAUAAUAGCACCUGCAGUAAAGUUUCUUUUGAUGCCCUAUGCAUGCCAAACUUCUUCCAGAUCCAGCACUAAUAGAUUAUUCUCCUCUAAUGAAACCCAGUAUGACUGUGUUCAUAUGGCAAGGUAUAUAACUACUAAAUGCUGUGGCCAAAUCAGGGGUACCUGACUGCUUGCUUCUGAGCACUGCUCCAUUUAUUGUAACGACACGUGUGGACAAAGGCACAGGCUGCAGUUUGCAUUAUUA